AUGCCUAAAGCAAAAUUCAAGUCAAUCAUAUCCACACGGAGGAGGGCUAAAAAAAAAAGCACGGAUGGAGACAACGGAGCCUACGGUCAAGUCCUAGCCUCUGUCUCGGAGCCUCAAGCAACCCCAGCGACCAACGUGCCCGGAACUUCAGCUCAUGUAGAGCUUCCCUCACUGGUGUUGUCCACAGCCUCUCAAACAGCCCCAUCUACCAACGUAACUGUAACACAACCACAGACGGCAAUGGUCACGGGCUCUGCGAAUCAAGUUCAACCGGAAAUGAACGCUAUUGCUCCAAUAGAUGUAUCUACCAGUUCUAAAGAAUUGAUUUCAUCCAAAGGAACAUGAGGUGUUGGAAAUAUUUUGGACCUGCUCAGAAUUCCCUUCACAGCCUGCCUUUUAAUUUGAAGAGCUGUGUUUAUUAGAUAAAUUUUCUAUAAAUAUAAUACUUUGACUUUUAAACAGUA